AUGAUGGAUCGUUCAAUCUCUUUUGUUCUAUUUGUUCUCAUUGCGGUUUCCCUACAAAAUCAGGUUCAAACGUCGCCAGUCUUACUUUGGAGCAAUGUGGAUCUACCUGAAACGUCAAUCCCUCUCGGAACAAUCACACCACUUGAUCUGAUUUCUAAUUAUGUCUGUAAGCUAUCUAAUGAAAAAAUUCAAUUGCAUAUAGUUGCUGUCGAUGAUCUGAAUAAUGAAGACAUUCAUCGAAGUCUGAACGAUAAAAAAUCGAUCUUAGCAGAUAUUAAAAAAACGAACAACAAACUCCGUUAUUAUCCUAAUGUUAACGAAGAUAUUUAUCGAACAUUUACAUUACUUCCUCAAUCGAAUAAUAUGAAAUGUGCACAUAUACAUUUUCAAAUUGCGUCAUCACAAACAGUCCAAACACUACAUGAUGCAAUGCAUAAAAUUCAAGAAACAAUUACUGAAACUGGAACAAACACAGACAAUGCUGUUGUUAUUGCAUUGGUCGAGCACCCUACUGGCGAAGAACGCUCAUCUCGUAAACGUCGAGAAACCGUGACGGCACCAAAGAAUAAUAUCGUCAUUUCAACUAAUGGAAGCUGUAUGUUUUAUGCGAAGAAUUUAACUUGGCAUGGUGGAAGUGCUACACCUGGAGUAGCUCAAGGAUACGAUCUCGAUUACAGCACAACCACUUGCGUCCCAAAUGUAAAUUCCACAACUGGAAAUAUUACUUCAGUAAAUUUGAAUCUUGUUUGGGUGAAUCAGAAAACACCAUCGGAUAUUGUUCAUAUGACGUUGACUGCAUCUCUUCUGGGUCGCUACUGGUAUUUAACAAAUACAACAGUGAAUGGCAGUGAAUAUCGAUACUUUGCCUAUGGAAUGCACAGCCGAAUGGAUACACCGCCUAAAUAUUCAUAUGUAUGCACAACAGCUACGUUUACUCGAUAUGACUCAACAGGAAAAUAUGGUACUUACAAUGCCAACAACAAAUUCUCGAUAAGACAUUUUCAAUUUCAACCAUUCUAUGGCAAUACAUCUCAAUUCGGUCCUCCUAAUUAUUGCACAUCAUUCUUCACUAGCGGAAUCUGGAUGGGCAUUACAUCAAGUUUACUUUGCCUCGCAAUCCUCUUGUUUGGUAUCCAUCGCAUGAUGACAAUUAAAUCGAAUGAUCGCUACGACGAUCCCAAAAGCAAACCAUUAGUUAUCAAAGCACAAGAAUAA